CCGUACACACGCUUAUAUAUUAAGGAUGCAGCAUUUGUGAUAUUCAAACUUUUAAUAGUGUUUUGAUAAGUGAAAUGUUAAACAUGUGUCCAAAGAUAUGCUUAUUAACAAUAGCGAUGCUAGUAACCGAAAUAAAAGGGGUGAUUUAUUUUCUAAAUGACACUGAGUAUAACCGUAUGCCUCCUGUUUAUAAACUUGAUGAUUACAAAACCUGUCUUGAAAAGCCAACCGAUGUUUAUUGUAACGUGGAUUUCAAUUUGAUUUCCGACACAGAAAAUGAACGGCUAACAAUGAUUCACGAAUAUUCGGAACACACAUGCACACAUUACAAUCAUUCCCAACUGAAUCACGGUAUCUGCUAUACUCAGCGAUGCCAAAAUUACAUAGACCAUACGAAGAUGAAGACAUCAAUUGAAAAAUGCCUUAAUGAUACGUUUAUGAAGGAAUAUGGUUUGAGUACUCAAGUGACAAGAUUCAAUUGUCACGGUCUAUCUGACACUAAGCGAGAGCUUGACAAAUCCGAUAUAGCAGUCGCUAUCCUUCUAUUGACGAUUGUCUUGUUAAACGUUGCUGGAACUAUCUAUGAUUACAACAGAAAAGAAAAUAUAAAAGAAAAAAAAUAUCUUCUUUGUUUCUCAAUUGCACGAAACUGGAAGAAGCUUACAUCUUAUAAUUCAAAUGCAGAAAGUCAAAUAGAAUACCUUAAGGGACUAAAUGGAAUUCGAUGUAUCAUUCUCGUCGGUGUGAUAAUGGUUCAUAACACGUGGCCAUACAUGCGAGCAGGAGAAAAUCUUCAUGUUUUGGAACUAUCAUUUUAUAAAGUACGACAGAAUAUAUUGAUGACUGGAUCACUUGGAAUUCAGAUAAAUUUUCUUAUUUCGGGAUUUCUGUUGGCACACAAUACCGAGAUGUAUAUGGAAAAUAAUAGCAUUAACUGGUACUCCAUCCCUAAAAGUAUUAUAUCGCGAUUUUUCAGAAUAACACCAGUUUAUGCCGUGGUUAUAGCAGUAAGUGCUACUUGGAUAAAAUAUUUAGGACCUGGGCCACUGUGGCAGGAUACUGGGAAUGUGCUGUACUCUCACUGUAGGAGUGGAUGGUGGCGCAAUCUACUGUACAUAAACAACUACAAAUAUAACUCCCAAUGCUUACCGCACUCUUGGUAUCUUGGAGCGGAUAUGCAAUUGUAUUGCUUGGGAAUAAUUCUAUGCGUGAUUUUGAAGAAGAAAAGUCUGAGGAAACCUGUGUUGGCUGGUGUUUUAUUAUUAGGGAUUGCUGCGAUAGCUAUUCACACUUACGUUCGUGAUUUAGAUCCAAUAUUAAUUUUGUCUCCGGGAGAAGUUAAGACGCUGUUUUGGACCGCUCCCACUUUCAACGAGACGUAUAAAAUGGGCCACGCUAAUAUACCCAGCUUUAUCAUUGGUAUGAUGCUUGGUUACUACGUAUAUGAAAAACGAAAAACCGGAUUACAAGUACCAAAGAGUAGAGGGCUAAGAUAUAUUUACUGGGCGCUAGUACCCCUGGCAAUGGCUGUCAUGUUCUCAGGAGAGCUGUUCUAUCGUGAUGCGCCCCGCGAUCCACUUUCAGUCCGCGUCGCGUAUGCGGCUCUAAUCAAACCCAUAUUCUCAUCCCUGAUAGCCAUGCUUUUAUUAGGAAUGAUAUUUAAAAUAGAAAAUGUUUUUCGGAGAGUAUUAGAAUGGGACAUGUGGAUAAUACCAAGCCGUCUGUCUUAUUCCGUCUAUAUAAAUCACAUGGUAUUAAUAAGACUGUAUAUAGGAUUGAGCCAUUCUUUAUUUUUUGUUUCCCAUACGAACAUGAAUUUGUUGACUGUUGGCGUGACGUUAGUAUCAUUAAUCGUCGCCGUUCCACUGUGUUUGCUGAUUGAGAUUCCAUUUCUCCAAGUCUUCAAAUGUUACAUGAUUGGAAAUAAUAAGAAAAAAGAAAUUGAAAAAUCAUUGUAAAGAAAUAAUAAUAAUAAUAUCUUUGACAAAAAGCUAAAGCAAAAGACUAAGAUGAAAUUGCAUAUUUGUUUGAUACAAAGUACAUUAUUGUUAUAACGAACAUAGCUAUAUGAUAGUAGAAUAUUAAUUUAGUUCAAGUAAUUUUUACUGAAUUUUAUAUUGAUUUCGUAAUAAUUACUUUUUUGUUUGUUUAUUUUAAUUGAUUGAGAUGUAUUAUUUAAUAAUAAUAAUUUUAGAUUGUUUAGCGACAAACA